GGAUAUCGACCCCAACCAUUUCAUUCUUCACGUGUCCGGUCCUCGGUUCGAAUCCUCCGACUUCCAAAUUUUUUUCACCGAAAAAAAAAAAAUAAUAAUAAUAAUCCAGUCUACUGAUGACAGUUCUAGUAAUUUCUUGAUUAAUUUAAUUAAUCACUACAAGUAUAAUUAAUUUCCAAAUUUUACUAGACCCCAGAAAGUCACUAGACCACAAAAAAUUCAUCGCCGGUACCAACAAAAAAAAUCCAUAAUAAAACAGAGCCAGCAUUGCAUCAGAAGCAUCUGGAAGAGUUUUAUUCAAGUCCACGUGAUGACUGACAGAGGAUACAAUUUUUGAAAAAUAGUUGACUCAUAAAACCAAAUAAUUAUUUAUUAAAAAUAAUAAAAAAUGUCCGGACAAAAUGACGAGUUGAAAAAACUACUGAGUAGUCCAGUAAAAUCUUCCGAUGACAGUUCAAUGGCACCACCACUGACUACAAAUGUACCGAGGCCAAGUACAUUGCAAAGUAACCCGCAAGCGUCGAUGACACCUUCAACUCCAGCGGGAAACCAGAAAGAAGUAUUGGAGCCUGUGCUACAGAAUGUCGUAUCGACAGUUAAUUUAGGAACUGAGUUAAACUUAAUGAAAAUAAAUGCCUGCACUCGUAACUCCGAGUACAAUCCGUCGAGAUUCACUGGACUGAUAAUGAGAAUACGAAACCCUCGUGCUACUGCGCUGAUAUUUACCUCUGGUAAACUGGUUUGCACUGGAACCCGGUGCGAAGAAGACUCUUACCUGGCGACCCGUAAAUUUGCGAGGAUCAUACAGAAAAUCGGGUUCCAGGUAAAGUUUAUGGACUUCAAGAUCCAGAAUAUUGUGGCGACUUGUGAUUUAAAGUUUCCAAUUAAAUUGGAAAGUCUGUGCGAGUCUCAUGGCAAUUUUACGUCCUACGAACCGGAGUUGUAUCCGGGUUUGAUUUAUAGGCUGAUUGCUCCGAGAGUCGUUUUGCUAAUUUUUGUCAAUGGGAAAAUAGUAAUGACAGGAGCGAAAGACCGGAAUGAUUUGACGACAGCCUUGAGUAAUAUUUACAACACAUUACUAAGCUUUAGGAAAAAAUAACAGCGUAAAAUGACUCCCAUUAACCGGUACAAAGUAUUCGCGAAAUUAUUUAUUAGCAUUUGCUUUAAUUAUGUUUAUAUAUUUAUAAUUAAUUUUUUUUUAUGUAAAAAUUAAUUAAUUUAAUUAUCUCUAAGCCUUGUACAUAAUUUAUCAUUUAAACUUAUAAACGAUCAAACCUAUAAAAUGUACAUACGCAUUAAUUUAAAUUUCUAAUUGCACUGAUCGUAAAUGUAAAAAAAACACAAAAUUAGAUUUCUCUUUAAUUGAGAUUAUUUAUUAAUUUUAAUAAAGGCAUGUUAAUUUAUACGAGUAAUUAAAUUGCCCAGUUAAUUAAUUUUCGAUUGUAAUUUAAUUUUCUCAAGUACCAGGUACUGAAAUAAAAGUCCGCAUUUUUUUAGCAUUCAAUAUAUUUUUAAUUAUAUUUAAUAAUUAAAGAAAUAGCACCAUUAGUAAAUACAUUUUACUUCCAUUUAAUAAAUAUAUUUUUUUUCUGCAGUUAUCGCACUGUAAGAAAUCGGGAGUGAUUACGAAUUUUAUUUGAAUCCGCAUUCACUUCUACUCGGAGUUUAAUAUUUAAAUAAACAUGAUCCUGAAACUGACAGACAAUCAAAAAUUUUUUAAUUUUUUUCAAACAAAUUAAUUAUUAAAAAAAAAAAAAAAAAAAAAAAAAAAAAAA